CAGGAACGGCUCUCCAGCUACUGGCGAGACAUGGCGCAGCUGCUCUCGCUCAGUGCGAUGCACUACUCACAGCUGUUGGUUCCCCUCGCAUUCGAAGAUAUGGGUAACCACACGAGUGGUCAGCAACUCCACGGUUGGAUCAAGGACGUGGAACGUGUGAAAGACAUGCUGCACACGAAAUUAAUCGGAUUGGUACACGACGCGCAAUACGUCAGCAAACAGGUAGAGCACUACGAGAUGGAAGAAAAGGACAGGCCAGGACGCUUGAUAUUCAGGCGGCCGCUGUUGAGUGAACGCCUACUGCGCUAUCAGCCGUGGAACCUGUCCUUUCCCGACGACUUCAGUGCGCUGUGCGAGGAGCGGCAGCCAGAGCUGUCGCAGGUGUUCAGCCUAGCUGCCUCACUGUACGCCGCCUAUCGCGUCUACUGGUACGCUGCCGCUGAGUACAUCGAUUUAUUAUACGAAGAUGAAUUCAAGACUGUAGACGAGGAUUGGCAGCUGGAGGACAGAAGCAGCGCUACACUCUCCGUGGACACUGACUGCGUGCAGCUGUUGGCGAACGCCCUGGACCACCCCACGUGUCCGCUGGAAGACCUGCCUCUGGAAGCGGUUAAGCAGCGCGAGCAGUGCCGUGUGCAGCUGUGGGACGACGUGGUGCAGAGGUCGCCCCACAUACCCGUGACCAGCUACCUGGCCUACACACAGAGGGUGAACGUCAACCUCUGUCUGCUGGCCUGGAUGGCAGUCAACUCGUACAGCAUUUGUCAGGGCGUCCCGUUUAGUAUGAUACAGUCCGUGAGUGAUGCUCGCUGCUACUUCGAUAGUCCUGACGAUCAAUCGUGUCUGGAAUCGAACGCUACAGAUGCCAUCUGCUCUGUUUCCAGAGCUAUUCUGUUGCUGAAGUGCCGCGAUUUUUCCUCCUUUAAGCAUUGCCAUAAUUGUACGCUCAUUUAUUUCCAAUUUCUAUCGAGCGAUCGUACUAGCAGCAUGCUGCAUCAAAAGCUAACAGAAGAAACACUGAACUACAAAAACAGUUUAAAUAACGCUACCUUAAAAUACAAGGAUUUCAAAAUCGACAGCUUGAAGCCUUUAGAAAUCUCAUUUAUAAUGGUAAAUAUUAUUUUCCGUUUUUCGACUGCCGGAGUAUACAUGUACCUUCCCCAGUUACGUAACUUGCCUGGAAAGAUACUCUUGUCCUUUCAGAUCACGUGUAUAAUCCAGAUCCUGUGUUCUGAGGUCGUGUAUCGUAUGGCAGGUUUCCCUGACUUACCUACAGCAGUGCUGAUAGAUAGUGCCCUCACACUUCUCAGCUGUAUCUGGCUAAACUCAUUCUGCUACCAGAUGUAUGCUUGUGUUCGUCAUCUCAGGCUUCCAAACGACCUGCUACCUGCUGAAGUAAGCAAGUUAUUCUGUCGUCAGGUAUUGUAUGUGUUAAUACCGUGGAGUAUAGUAUGUGUGGCAGCUGUUGCUUUAGAAAACACGAGUAAAUAUUACCUGAUCCACAGUCGUGUGUUAGUCCUUGUGGGGACUUCACUGUCAGUGGCUUUCAAUUUGGUUUUUCUCGGCCUGGUUGGAUACAUGUACCUACGUACUCGGUAUUCAUUGCGGCAACUCAAAAUUGUUGGUAACACAAAAUUUGCCUCAAAGAAGGAAUGUCUUUUUAUGUCAGUUAAGACCGUUAUUUUAAGUGGAAUAGGAAUUAUUAUUAGAAUUGGGUUCCACCAGGCUCAAGGGAUAGCGCAGUUAGUGUAUUAUGUACAUCUAGCUACAAUGGUGCAAGGACCAGUGCUCUUCGUCUGUUUCGUUUGUAAUGGAACGACGCUCCCCAUAGUGAAGAACAGGGUACUGGCAUGGUGGAACCCAAAUAGCAUCCCUGCUGGGCUAGAGCUGUGUUCAGCAGCUGAGAUGAAUCUAGCCAGGAGAAACAAUGAACAGUCUCUGGUUGCAGAAUCCUCUCUGUAGCCUCCUUCAGUAUUUUUCUCAAGUAACUGUCUUGACAGUAGUCUGCAUUAAAGCCAGCAAUAAAAAUUGAAUCUGCCUGAUAUGACAAUAUUAAACGUCAUUAAAUGUGAUGUAGUACAGCCAGUACUUCUCUUUCCUUAUGUCUUCUUCAUUUACAACUGCAUCCUUGCUUGCAAGUGGUAACCUCUGUCUACACAUUCUAACGCACUGAGAUUACUUACUAGAAUUGUUGGGAAACGCUUUGUGUACCCAAAAAUAUCUGGUACCGUGCACCGCGGAAUUUGGAUCCCCGCCAGACGUCAUGGACGUCGAAGACCCGUGGAGGUCUCUGCACCAUCGCGCCGUAAGCUGUGGCGGCGCUCGCCCCCUGGCCCGCAUUUAGCGUGAGGGCGCCACAGUGGAACACGUGGUUGCACCGGCCAAUAGCGGCGUCCUCGAUAGAGUGCUUAAGCGCCUGCCUCUCGCUCAGCCAGCCAGUCUAACAUUGCGUACAUCUCUGGACAUAUCGCCUCGCCUUAGACAGCGUAUUUACUUUCGUGUUUUGUUUACGAGUGGACGUGGUUGUUUAGUUAGGUUUUCUUGACGCUGUCGUCUUGUUCUUCUUGUUGUCGUAAGGUCCUUCGUUGAUCGUGUUCGUCCUAUCCCGUUGGGUUGUCGUUCGCGGGCCGCUCCGCGGGUCCCGCCGCAUUUUCCGUCACUUCAACCCCGCGACUGUUCCGGUCGCCGUUACAACAUUUUGAUGACGAGGUAAAAGGUGGUCGUUGUUGGUAUGGAAGUGAAGUUGGUCUGUCUGCUGGAGCAACAGCAGCAGCUCAUGCAACAGCAGCAGCCCCAGUUAGACAUCUUACAAAAGUCGCUGCAGUUGCUAACGGACAUAAUCGAUGCCCAGGAUGCAUUACCACGACAGCUCCAGAGUCUUUGGGUGUCCGAUGCUUUCCCACGUCCGCCGUCGUUUCCACACUUUAAUGACGCUAACGAGGACUGGGAAACCUACUUACGUCGGCUGAAACAACAUGUCACUGCUUCUCAAGUCAUGGAAGACUCCUUGCAACGGUCGUUGUUUUGUAUUGGGCCUCCCCGGAUCUUUCUUCUCCGAAAGUUGGCACCGUUGUCCGAUCCUGUGGCUCUCUCUUUCCAGGAGAGCUGCCUUUUGCUGACAAACUAUUAUUCCCAGUGCUACCAUGUGGUCGCCUCUCGGCUGGAGUUCCACCAGUACUAGAAACAGCCUGGUCAAUCGUAUCGUUCCUGGGUCAUGGACUUGCAGGGUCUCAGCCAUCCAUGCGAUUUUAUGUGCACCAAUCAUCAGUGUAAGGCUUCGUAUGCAGAUUCCCUGAUCUGGGAUGUUUUGGUUCAGCUGGCUCUCGAUCCUGAGGUCCGUACUGCGGCGUUGAAACUGAACAACCCCUCCUUGGAAGUGAUUCUCCGCAUUUCCCACUCCUUUGAAAUUGCUCAAGCAGCUAACGAGCGUCUUAUGGCGCGACCGCAGGUGACGGCGAUCGUGGCGUCACGGCGGGUUCCGCCCUCGCGACGUCGACAUGGCCCGGCCGACAGAGGCUGGCGCCGUCGGGACUCCUCGUUGUCUGACGUCUCUAUGGGGUCGGCGCCUUCGGUCACCCCUCGUCGCCGGUCGCGCGGCCCACUUCCAUCUUGCCCUCAGUGCUUUACUGCCCAUUCGGGGGCUGAUUGUCCCCACCACUGGAAAACGUGCGCGCUGUGUAACAAGGAGGGCCACAUCUGAUCGGUUUGUCGUAGUCGCUCGACUUGCUCCAAUUCUGCCCUUCCAGGGCCUCAAGAUACAGUCCAUGCUCUGCAGUGAGUCGUCCCACAGGAUGACCCAUCAGUGUGGAAGCUUUACCUCACGCUCCGCAUUUUCGCGGAGGAUGCCAAUUUUCAGCUCGACACUGGGGCCACCAUCUCCCUGAUUACUGUGGCGACAUAUACCCAGUUGGGAUAUCCUGCGUUGUCGCCUCCCUCUCGCCCUCGCCGUUUGGUCGCCUACAGAGACGGUUUCAUUCCCCGUCGUGGGCAGUUCAUCGUCCAGGCGACGUACAAACAUGUUCCCCGGCUCCUUACCAUCUUUGUCAUCGACCAUCCGUCGGCUACGAAUAUGUUUGGCCUGGAUGCGUUUCAACUGUUUGGCUUUUCAAGUUCCGACAACGUUAAAGUCGUUUCCACAGCUGUUCCCUUUCAGGACUUCGAUGAUCUGUGCUCCGCUUUUGCGUUGUUGUUUGCAGCGGAUCUCGGAUGUGCUUCCAGCUUUCAGGCGCACAUCACCCUACGGCCGGAUGCACAGCCUCGCUUUUUCCAAGCCCAGCCCCUUCCGGCCUGCAGUCAAGCAGGAACUUGAUCGGCUCCAGGCCACUGGCGUGCUGGAGCCUGAAACUUACAGUGCAUGGGCGACACCACUGGUGGUCAUAUGGAAACCCAGUGGGUCCCCUUGGCUGUGUGGGAACUUCGGUGCUACAGUCAAUGCUCAGUCCCUCAUUGACACUUACCCCAUUCCCUGACAGGAAGACCUUCUUGCCAAGCUUGCCAGGGGAGAGUAUUUUUCCAAGAUCGACCUGGCUGAGGCAUGCCACCAGUUGCCCUUGGAUGCCGAAUCUCAGAACAUCAUGGUUAUGAACACGCCUUUCUGAUUGUAUAAGUACAAGCACCUGUCUCUUUGGCGCCGGCCAUUUUCCAGCGAUUCCUGGAAUAGCUUACACAGCCUAUCCCUGCCUGUGUGAAUUAUCUGCAUGACAUCUUGGUGACCGGGCGUUCCUGCAUAUCAUAUACUGAAAAUUCAUGAUCUAUUAAGAUAAAGUCUCAAAAAUCAAGAAUUAUUCUCUCUAUAACACUUGCAAAACCUCAGCACCUUACUUCACGCUCUGCAGUCUCCUGGUUUAUGCUGCGGGCUGGACAAGUGUUGUUUUUUUUUCAACCGGAGGUAGAAUACUUAUGCCACUGGCUUGGCAUUCACCCUUCAGGUCGUAAUGUCGUGGCCAUUGAGGCCCUUCCUCAUCCCAAAGACUUACCUGAACUCCGGGUGUUUUGGGCAAGGUUACUUAUUACUUGAAGUUCUUGCCCCAGGUUGCCUCCGUUGCUCAACCCCUCAAUCACCUGCAUGUAGCUUUUGAUUGGACUCCUGCCUGUCACCAGGCUUUCCUCCAUUUAAAUGUAACGCAAAAGUCCGCCCCUUGUCUUACUCCCUUUUCUCCAGACUGCCACUAGGUUGUGGCAGCUGAUGUGUCAGCAUACGGCAAGGGCCAUCCUUGCACACUGGGAUGCUGAUGGCUCCGAACAGCCCAUAGCUUAUGACUCUAAGACAUUGACCCCAGCACAACGGAACUACUCCCAGAUUGAAAAGGAGGCUCUGGUGAUAGUGUUUGCUGUCCAAAAAUUUCACACCUAUCUCUUUGGGGCAAAGUUCACCCUCCUGACGGACCAUAAACCCUUGGUUAGACUUUUUGGACCACACUCUCACCUUCCAGAGCAGACGGCUCAACAUCUCCAGUGCUGGGCAUUUUUUUACAUAAUUACACUUACACCACCUGGUAUAAGCCCACCACCUACCAUGCUAACGCUGACGCUUUAUCACGUAUCCCAGCGGGCCCUGAUCCUGCCUUUGACCAACAGGAGGUCCUCUGCUGUCACAUUGAUUCUGCCUGCCAGGAUGCGCUGGAUGGUCUGCCUCUUAGGACUGCUCACAUUGCUGCUGCUACCUGCUGGCGACCCUGUCUUGUGACAGGUUCUCAACUACGUAGUCGACUGGUGGCCAUCAUCCAUUACACAUUGGAUGCAGUCUGAUUUCAGCCACUGGCGCCACCUGUCCCACAGGCUCUCUGUGGUCGAUGAUGUCCUUCUAUUGACCAUGGAGUCGGAUGCCCAUUGGGUGGUCAUCCCUCCAGAAUUAUGGCUUCGGGUGCUUGGUUUGUUACACCGCGGGCACUGGGGUCCUGUAUGAAAGUCUUGGCUCGCCGGCAUGUGUAUUGGUCUGGCAUCGAUGGCGAUAUUGAGCGCAUGGUCCAUGGGUGCACAGUCUGUGCACAUCACCAGGCAAGUCCUCCUCAGUCAUUUGCACCCUGGCCUGUGCCUUGCCAGCCCUGGGAUCGCAUCCAUAUCGAUUUUGCAGGCCCGUUUUUGGGGUCCAUGAGGUUACUCAUUAUUGAUGCCUACUCCAAAUACCCAUAUGUUGUCCGAAUGGCAUCCAACACCACAGAGGCUACACUCACGGACCUAGCCCAAGUUUCCGCCAUCGAGUGUCUGCCACGCACAUUGGUCUCCGAUAAUGGUCCCCAAUUCACGGCGCCCUCCCCCACGACUUCUGUUGGGCCAACAGUAUCAAACAUAUCUGUAGCCCCCCAUUCCACCCUUCGUCCAAUGGCGCAGCGGAGAGGCUUGUCCACACUUUUAAACAACUGUUGACUAAGGCAGUCGACACAUUUCCGACCACGUCGGCCCUCACCCUGUUUUUGAGCAUCUAUCAAAUUAUGCCAAUUGAUGGACACCGGCAGAGCUCCUUAAUGGGCGACAGCCGUGGACCCUGCUCCAUUUACUGAUGCCCUCCUGCUCCCGUCCCCACUCCCAGCCAUCGCAGCGGUAUGCCCCUGGCAUGGCAAUAUGGGCCCACGAGUACAGGUGCAAGGUGGGUUGGACUCGCGCCACGGUCGUCGCGGCCCAUGGGUGGCGGGUGAUGUCAGUGCAAACGUCGAAAGGGUUGCAGCGCCACCAUCAUAAUCAGCUCUGCCUGUGUGGCCCCACGGGACUCGCGCUGCCGCCUCUUUCCCUACCUCCUUCUGGUAGAGACGUGGUCCUCGAGUCACCAUCCCUGCCCCCGGUUGCCAUCUCCCUGAGGGCCUCCAGGUGGAUCGGUGGCUCCCUCUCCCACCCUGGACUCUGGAUCGGCUGUCAUGGAUACCUCGGGUAUACCUUCCUCCCUGCCAAUAGCGGUUGAUGAGCCUGGCUCCCCUUCCCACUGCCACACACCUCGGCACUGUCCUGGGCGUUUCCUCCCCUACUCGAAAGUUUACUGUGGCACAUGUUCAUAGGAUGUUUUUUUUCUCCGGUUUCCGCCGGGGCUCUGUCUUUGCAGUUUGUCGGUUUUAUUAAUGUACAGUGUAUAAUGUAUGUAUAUAACAUAUGUUGUCUCAAACAAGGAAAUUUUCUAUAUGUGCAUGAAAGUUGUACUUUUAUGUGUUUUGAAAUAUAAGUACCAUGAGAAGA